AUGGGCAAAUUCUCCUUUAACCGCAAGAAGCAGCCGCCCCAGGUGACUGUUACGGGCCCGGCUAUAACCAAGGCCCAAAAGAUCCUCGGAUCCAGUGCCAUGAACUUCGACGGCGACUUUUCCGGCUCCAAGGUCAGUCUUGCUGCCACUGAGCGGUCAACCGCCGUCAGUCACGCGUCGUCUAUCAUGGCGUCGCCCAGAUUCGUAAAACCGGACAGGGAAUGGGGAGACGAGUCAGACGUCGUUCCUCGCCACCUCCGAGGCAAUGCGCUCCCCGAAGAUGAGGACUACGACGAGUACGACGACAUCGCUUCCGACAUGGUCAGCGUCCUGCGGAAGAGACAAUCCUCGUCUACUCUGGUAUCGUGGUACGACAAGUCCAAGCAGCCGCUGUCCAUUUCCCAACAGACGUCCAAUUCGGCCAUGGCCAAGGGCCCGCCGUCCAAGGCGCACAAAAUACUGGACAUGGGACACACCCAGUCGAAUGCAAAGUCCAAGAAGAAGCCCGCCAAGCUCGAUCUGUCGCAUCUCAUCUCGCGAAAGUCCAAGAAGCACGAGCCGACACCCUGGGAGGGUCCUAUGCUUGAUUCCGAACAGUUCGUCAAGUCGCCGUCCUUGGUCUCGGCUCUCGCAUCGCCACCUUUCCGCGGAAAACUGCACAAGCGACCGACCAAGGAGAGCCUGCGGUCAGAGCCUGUUCGGCCAGCUACUACCGAAACUAACCACCGAGCCAACAACCACCUCGAAGGCUUGCCGAACUUAUAUGAGCACUACGAGCAAAUGUCAUUCCACCAAAUCAUGAACCAGCAAUUGAGGCCCUCAGAGGGCGAGAACAAGGAGAACAAGGAGAUCAAGGAGACCAAGAAGCAGCCAGAGCCGCAACCCGCCAAAAUCCACCGUCUGUCUGGCAGCAAAUCCGCCCACAACCUUCACACACCAUACCACGACGAGCAGGUCGUUUCACAAUAUGCGAAACGCAUUCUCCCACAAACACCUCAGUCACCUCAAACUCAAACCUCUAGCAUCGGCAAAACCGACCCGUCUUCCCCAAUUGAUUACGCUGCUAGCGUAUCUAGCCGUCACACGCGCACCUCCAAGGCGUCGAAGCGCACUGAUCAUAGCUUCCAGGAGUCGGAUCUACUGGAAAAGAGCGUCUUGUCGCUGUCUUCCGACUCAGAGGAUGACAUGUAUCUGGAUGGUCCCUCAUCGGUUCCUGACUACCCAACCUCGGAUGGCGGUUCCGCUUUUGAUCCCCGCCCAACGACAUCCCGAACAAGCGCAAGCGCCGACAACAACAACAGUCGGUACAGCAAGGCGAGUACAUAUAGCAAAGCAAGCACGUACAGCAAGGCGAGCAAGCGAAGUACUGCGACCUCGAGCAACUUCCUCACUAUCCCGAGCGGCAACCACAUCAAGCCCCCCGUCGUUUCCGCGCGAUCAAGCUCUCUCUCCGGAAGCUCUUCCAACACCAUCCAGGAGGGCACCGCCCCCCGCUCUCCCUCGCAACUGUCAAGCAUCUCCAACUCAUCGUCCGUCAACACGAUGAUGACCUGGCAGAGCAAGACCGGUUUCGGACUGCAACAAGCCCGGGCCAUUACUAUGCAACCUGCCAAGGGCCCUGAUGAGGACGAGGCGGACUAUGAAUCCGAACAGGAGCAAGAGAAGAACCGAGAGGACGAAAGGAUACUUGAGCCCAAGGCCUAUGUUGAGACAUCUCCUCCGCGAGCUCUCCUUCCCCGAGAUUCCGCUGCCCACGCGGCGGAUCAACCAACACCACCCCUGAGCCCUAGCUCCGUUGAUUUCUAUAUCAGCUCCGCGCACUCCUCUGCAGACAGCCACAGCGGCCAAGGCAGCCACAACCGAAUCAUGGCCGUCACCCGCCAAGAGGAGAUGCUCCUGGCUGCGCUCCGCCACAAGCGACAGGUCAUGCGCGAGAGCAUCCUUUCCGAGCUUGAGGACAGCGCCCGCGGCACCGAGAGGCGCAUCCCCAAGGGCCAUUACUCUAAGCCUUCAGAGGCCACCAUUACCGAGUCGACAUUUGACCUCGACUUCCCUGCCCCCCCGAUGUGCAAGGACAAGACCACCGUCGCGGCGAAUGGCACCACCGUCAUUGACCUUCGCGCUGGCCUGGCUCAGACACAUCUCCAGCCUAUGCGUGCUGCGGACAACCUCCCCCGGGCCGGCCCUGCCCUCCCCUCGUCCAAGAAGGCGGUCCUCAAGGCUCAGAAGGAGUUGUCCCGCUCCGAUCACCACGAACGCAUUCUCCUCUACCUCGACCACCCUAUUCGAGGCGAGAACGGCCCCAUUGAAGAGGCUGAACCGAGCCCCGACCUGAGUGACUUUAUGGAGUUUGAGGCCGAGGAGUCUGAGGACUCUGCCGAUGUCGUCUCCGAUGUCAUCCUGUAUCAAUCGCAGUCCAGCCACUCUAGCGGCCGCUCCAGACGAGAUGCACCCACCAAGCGUCGCUCCGAGGCUGUGACCCGACAGCGAGUACCGGACCUAUCUCCCGACCGCAGCGGCGAGCUCGACGUGCCCCGCCCCGACAGCCCUAUCUCGCCCUGCCCCGUGUCUAUGCCGCGUCGGGGAACGGUGAACAAGAAGACGGCACGUCUCAGCGCCGUCGGCCCCGCACGAUGGGGUUAUGAAGAGUAA